AUGAAAAGUCGCUACUUUACACCAAACGAGGUUUUAGCACAUAAUUCACCUGAGGACUGUUGGGUCUCGUUCCUUGGAUAUGUUUGGGAUCUUACACCAAUAUGCGCACAAAACAAGGGCAGCAUACUUCUUCAACCGAUCUUAAAGGAAGCUGGUAAAGAUAUAUCACACUGGUUUGAUGAGAAAACUGGUGACGUUCGACAUCACAUUGAUCCAGUUACGAACUGUUACGUACCUUACACACCCUAUGGUCGAUUUCUUCACAUACCACCACCUUAUCCAACGACAGAUUGGGCUACAGAUUUCGGUAUACCUUGGUGGAAAGACGAAAGACUUAUUGUUGGGUACUUAACCAAGAAGACAAGGUUUGUACGUAUUUUCAACACACUUGCGCUACUUGAACACGAAAUUGAGGUAUGUGUUGAAGAAACUAUUACAGACAUUCUUGUUCGUUAUUUAAAAUUUAAUUCACACGCUGCUUCAUAUACAUGGAAGUAUAAUGGUGUUGUAUUAGAUAUGGAGAAAAAUCUUGAAGAAAAUAAUAUUAAGGAAGAAAUACAAGAUAUUGAAGAUUUAUUUAUGCCUCAAAUAUAUCUUUAUUACAAUGAUGAUUUGACUGAGGCAUAA